AUGUCUGUAAUAGAUGGAUAUGUUUCAGUUAAAUAUGAUAAUCCAGGGCCUCGGCCAAAUGAAAUAAAAAUAUUUCAUCAUGAUGAGGAAGGGAAAUCUUAUGAACCGCUAGAAUUAGUAGAACUCAACAAACCAAAAACAUUUAAAAUUUAUAAACAAAGGGGACAAUAUUUUAAGAUUGGUAAUGAUGAAACAUAUCUGGAAGAAAUUAGGAAUAAUCAAG